AAUUUUUUUUCUCGUGAAACAGGCAUAUAGAAAAUUUAAUGGCUGGGGUGGGGUACAAGCAAGAUAUGCCUCCUGCUGGAGGGUAUCGACCUAUGGACUGGAAAAGGGUGCCCGGGCGAUCUUACUUGGGAGGCAUCGCGAGUUUCGCAAUUUUUGGAGUUGUCACAACGGGUGCGUGGAUGUUGUACUACAAAGGAAAGCGGAGUAUUUGGGGCAGGGAGAUAGAGCAGCGCAGUGCGAAGCUGGCCAUUGAACCGCUUUUGACUGCGGAACGUGACCGAAUGUACCUUAAGCACGUUCGUAAACUCCGCGACGAGGAGGAAAAGCUCAUGGCUGACGUUCCUGGUUGGCAAGUAGGAAAAUUGUACGACGAACCGAUUUUCAAGACCGUCGGCGAUGACUUUUGGUGGGACCCGCAGAUGAACGAGUUCUACCUCCACAACGACCUGCAGCAUUUCAAAAAACGUUCUUACAUCCACUGGAUUCUCUGAAAUCUUCCUCAGUCAUUUCAUUCUAAGCUAGUGAAAUUUCAGUCGUUUUCUUUUGUCGCAGCAACAUCUGUUAAUUUCCAGUGGCUGGAAAGGACUUCACGAGUGAAUUGUGUUUAAUCCUAAUGUUUGUUGAGGGCGUAGUGAUCCCUCGUUUAGCAUGUGCAAUGAAGGUCUUGCUUGGACGAACGAAAAUA